UAGUUGCAACGUUCAGUUCUGCACGUAGAGCUCCAGCAGACGUCAGACUCGUCAGCUGUGAGAGGGCACAGCAUGUUUCCUCACAUGUGAAGCGAUGGUCGUCGCCAAGAGUAAGGUGUUCUCUUUUUAUUCUUUUUUUUUCUUCCAAUAAGCAGGAAGUGUGAUUUCUAUUAUUUCACACACCGAUCAUUUAAAAAAGACCGAUCUACAGGCGCAAACAGCGGCUCGGUUUAUUGGUCCAGAGCUGCACGGUGUCGAGCUCUGACGCAGCCGGAGCACCUAUCCGCGGAGGGAGACACUGACACCUGACGGCCGCAUCUCUCCCCCCACGCCGGUCUCUCCUCCAUCACCACCACUUCGGGCUCCGCAGUGCAGGAACUGCUGCGUUGUAUGGAAGCCGACUCCGUCAUGCUGCCCCCAAAGAACUGCCUGCCGAGGAACUACAGCUGCAUCGCCGGACUGUUCGGAAGCCUGGCAGCGGCCAACCCGAGGCUCGACGAUGGGGAAGAUUUCGACAUGGUCAACGACACUUGCGAAACCGCCGAGAGUCCCGUGGUGGAGGAGAGACCGCGGGGCAGAGAGGUCUCCCUGAAGCCGCCACAGAGCCCAAAUCUGCGUCGGAGGUGCAAGUCGCUUCCCACGCCCACCGAGAGAGCCAAGUUAGAGGUGUCACGCAGCAGGAGUCCAACCAGUCAGAAAAAGGUCCGCUUCGCAGACUCUCUUGGUCUGGAGCUCAUUUCAGUGAAGCACUUCGAUGACACAGAUGAACCAGAGGUGCCAGAGCGCAUUUUGGCCAAAUUACACAAAGGACACCUCCACCUUAAUCAUUCGGACACGAAGUUCCCACGCGGCCCUGCGCAGUCUGUGUUCAUGGAGCUGCAGUUCACCAACCCGGGCACACUGCCGGGCUUCGAGCAGAAAGUGAGGGAGGUGAAGGUCCUGCUGGAGACCGUUCAGGUGGACGAGUUCAGCCUCUCCGGGUUCGUGCGCGUUUUGAACCUGGCUUUCGAAAAGAGCGUCUCUUUGCGGUAUUCUCUCAACAACUGGAUCACCUUCAUGGACAGUCUGGCGUGCUACGUCCCCGAGACGAGCAGCGGCGACACCGACAAGUUCUGUUUCAAGAUAGUCAUGCCCACUUACCUCGACAACGGAGGCACGUUUCAGUUUGCAAUUAAAUACUGUGUCGGUGGGAAAGAGUUCUGGGACAAUAAUAACGGGAACAACUACAAAGUGCGGCGUCACCGGUUCAAGAUGUCCCCGCCGCGGGAAUGGGAGAAUGGAUGGAUCCACUUUAUCUGAGCGGUGUCGUGCGUAAUUUGCGCGUAACUGAUCCCCGGGUAUAUCUAAAGUAUUACUGUAGCUUGUUAAAUGUGUUAUUUUCCGCCAUUGCCAGCUAUACACAUGCUGUGACACUGAAAAUAAUUUCCCAUAAUAAUUCAAUGAUUUGCCCCGCUGUGGUUAGGGUUGAAGACUACAGUAAACGCCUUUGAUGGGUGCCCGGAGAGGGAUCCUGUUUGAUAACUUGCCUUGAUGUCAGGGCUUUCUGUACAGAGUGGUGCCCUUUGGGAGGGCAUGGUCACGUUAUGUAAUGUAGAAACACGGGCCACGGAAAAACGUGCCGAGCAAUGCUCACUUCGGGCAUCACUGUUCCUUUCAGGAGAUGCUGUAAAAAAUGAUUUGGUGGCACGGAGAUGUUUAAAUUAUCAGUGUGUUUUGCAUGCGUGCAAAUGUAUUGUCCUGAUGGGAGGCAGAAAGCAUCACACCUUGGCUGAUGUGGAUAUCAAGCGAACCUUUGUAGCAUAUUCCUAGUGGUCUCCUGCAGGUUGGGAGAAACAUACACACAUUGUCUUAUCAGGUGGACGAACAGACAUAUUUGGCAGGUUAUUUUAUAAUAAAAUAAAAUAAUAAUCCCACUGUCAUGCCAUUGAAAAUGCCUUAUUUAAAACUACGAUGUGGGAAGUUGUGCAGUGAAUAUUUGGAAUACAGUAUUUUCUUAAUUUGGCUUGACUAGACUAAAUGCAUUUGAUGGCUAUCAUCCUUAAACUUAAAAAAUAAAAGCAUACAGGCACUGGGAAUUAGUAAGUGUCCAUACAAUUGUAGGUUUUUAAUUCAGAGACACCACACUUAGUCAUAAACCAGCCAUAUAUUUGCACCUAUUAAACACACAUUGUAUAUUUCGUUGCUGAAUUAUUGCAAAAAAUAUUUUGAUACUAUACAAAAAUCAAGGGCCCCUAACCAAAGUCUCUAGAAAAAAAAAAUGGCUAAAUUAUAACUGCAUCAUCCAUCAAAUCAUAAAGUUUAAGUUAAUAAAGCAUCGGCAUCAAUACUCUCAAACUGUACUGGGAUAGGAAGGAACACCUUGAGCGUGUUUGUUGUCCCACCACGGAAAGUACGUUUAGUAGCAAUGUUUGCCAGGUUAAAUUUACCUCAGAUUCUGUGCAGACCUUUUCUCUUCUUCUUCUUCAGGUUGAUCGUUAUAAAACAGGUGUUAUUCUCACAGUCAUUUUUUUCUAACAGAUACAUUCAAAACACAACGUGUAUUCAUUUUUACUGUUGAUUGCACUGUGUAACUGUCUUUCAUAGGGCAGUGUUUUUGACAAAGUAACUAUUACACGGACAAAUGUGGCUGUAAAAGUACAUCAUAAUAUCCUCAUUCAACACUGUGCAUGAAUAGUGCUGCUCCUUACACCUGACAGAAAAGCUUUAAGCCACCUGACUGUCUGAUACUUCAUUUUCAUACCAUAAACCUUGAUUGAUGUUUAACAAAUAAGUCUACCAUUUCAAGACAUCAGCUAAUCCAUGCGUUUUCAAUGAAUCUACUGGCGGUCAGUCUUCCAAUCCUCCUCAAGACCAUAUGUGAUCAUGUUCUUUGUGGUAAACUGGCUUGCAUGUCGUAGGAAAAGGAGUUUACUUCAAAUGCAAAUAUUCAUCUUGCUUUUUUUAAGUGUAUGAUAUUAUAAAUGUGUUUGGCCAUGUAGAAAGUUGAGAGUCCAGUUCAGCAAAUAGAGGAACAAGAAGCAGGAUGUUUUUAAUUCCAGUGCUCUGACUGUAAUCUCAACAUCACUUUGUCCUUUGUUUACAUCAUCGUGGCCUCAGAGGGACGCUCUCCAUUUAAUGAGGCCAUCAGGUUGGGAUGUGGAUAAAGACUAAUUCCUGUAACCACUUAGUUUUUGGAGCAGUUCCACUGUGAAUCCAUCAGUAAUGUUCGUCUCUAAAUCUGACAUGGUUUUAAUGCCGUACCUGAUGUUGUUAGAAUAGUUUUGCUGAAGUGAUAGAUGGCCAGCACUGAGUUGAUAUUUGCUUUCUCGACAUCUAUCACAUACAGACGUGCAUUUUCUCACCUGUACACUGUGGAUAUAAAAGGUUUGGCCACUGCAGAGUUUACUGUGUGUUAUGUUGUUAAAUCAGUGGGUGUUUGCAUAUUGUCUGCUUGGUCUGUGUAGACUUUGUUCAAGCAUUCAUGCUGUGCAAUACCAGAAAACAUUAAUUAUCCGAGGUGACAUUUCUGAGGGGGGCACGAGAUGCAUCAAUACCAAUUCCUCACUGCCAACACAGAUUGUGUUUUUUAGAUUUUAACUUUUGGUUUUAACACUUUCUGACGAGAUUAGCUCUGUUAAGAAAACAAUGUACAGUUUGAGAUUGCUUAGAUUGCUUGACAUAAAUGACAUUGACAUGACAUGAUGUGGAAACUGUAAGAUACCAGCGCUCCGUUUCAGCCUGGUAUCUCACACACUGCUGUUGUUAUUGGUGCAUCCCUACCAAAAAGAAAAUGAAGGGCUUCUGGUCUGAUAAGAUUAUUCACCUCAAUGUAUACAUGACAGUUUGCAUCAGAACUCACUGAUAUAUAGAUAUGUAUAUAAAUGUCUUAAUGUUUCAUAUUGAAUGUCUUCCUGUUACUGUUCUAUGUUUUGUGUACUUUGAAGCAUUUUCAAAGCGAAAUUGAGAGAUGAAUUGGAAAAGUUGUAUUCAGAUGAUCCUGGGAAGUUGGAAAAUAAUGUAUGAGCCCAAACUUAAUGAAAUCCUAAAGCACACUUGCUAUUAUAUUUAAUUAUAAAGAUAUAUAUAUAUAAAUUGGUAAUACCUCUAACUGCAAUAAUUUGUCCCAAAAUGACAUCUACUGCAGAAUCUCCCCGGAAAUAUGUAUCAAAAUGUGAGCAGUGUAUCUGAAUGAAAUGAAUACAUUGGAAACAACUGUGUACACUGCCUUAUUAAAAUAUAAAGAGUUUACUAAGGGACAUUAAGCUGGAAAUAUGGAGGAAUGCAAGUGCUAGUUUGUUAAGAAGUUGUGAUUGCUGAUGGAUGAAAACAUUGACUCUGGACAAUGAGAGGGGACAUAUCUGGGCAAGAUAGGUAAUGCCAGAUGCACUUAUGAGCGACUUAUGAUUGUAGCUGAUACUGAGCAGACUCAAUGCAGGUCAAUGCAGGUCUAAUGCACUUUGAGUGAGAACAAGGAAAGGGGCAGGGUUGUAAGUCACCAUAUAUAUGAGAUCUUUUUCUGUUCAUAGAUACUUAACAAGAUGUUUUCCAUUCUGUGUCAUGUUUUACUGCUCUUUUCUGUCACUGUGGACAGCCUAAAUCACUUCUGUCUUAUUAAUAACUAUUUUAUGGCACUGAAUUGAUUGAGGGACUUACAGUUAUAUGGUUUUGUUAAUCCUAUGCAACUCUCUGUUGUAACAUUUGCAGUCUUUGACUGUUUUAAUAUAUAUUGUGUGCUGUUUUUUAUUUUCUCUUUUGCAGUGAACCAUGUUUGCAUGUCUAACAUACCUUCAUUUAUAUGUUGAGUUUUUAUUGUAACCUAUAUUUUGUUAAAAAAAAGUUA